AUGGGCCUGGAGCUCUACCUGGACCUGCUGUCAGCAUCCUGCCGUGCCGUCUACAUUUUUGCCAAGAAGAACAGCAUCCCCUUCGACUUCCAGUUUGUGGAUCUGCUGAAAGGUCACCACCACAGCAAGGAAUAUGUCAACAUCAACCCCCUGAGGAAGCUGCCCAGCCUCAAAGAUGGAAAUUUUAUCUUAUCUGAAAGCGUGGCCAUCCUCUUGUACUUGUGCCGCAAGUACAGUGCACCCUCACACUGGUACCCACCAGACCUGCAUACGCGUGCCCGUGUGGAUGAAUUCAUGGCUUGGCAGCACACAGCCAUUCAGCUGCCCAUGAGCAAGAUACUCUGGAUCAAGCUGCUGAUCCCAAUGAUCACAGGUAAGGAGGUUCCAGCUGAGAAGACAGAGGAGAUUUUGGACGAGGUGAAUAAAAACGUGCAGCUCUUUGAGGAGAAGUUUCUGCAGGACAAGAUGUUCAUCACCGGGGAUAAAAUCUCACUGGCCGACGUGGUGGCCCUGAUGGAGAUGAUGCAGCCCAUGGCGGGCAACCACAACAUCUUCCUCAACAGCUCCAAGCUGGCUGAGUGGCGCAUGAGGGUGGAGCUGACCAUUGGCUCUGGCCUCUUCUUGGAGGCUCAUGACCGGCUGUCAAAGUUGGCAGAGUGGGACUGUUCAACAUUGGAUCCAACAGUCAAGGAGAAGAUCUGUGAAUUACUGCAGAAGUUCAAGUAG